AUUACACUACGUACACCAGCACUUAUAUAUCUCUCUCUUAUAAGGCUACGUUCAUAUAAGAAAAUCGUCAUCGACUAAGAAAGACAUUGGAGAAUUAAGUGUGGCUUAGUUACUAAGUUUGUUACGGUAAAGAAAAAAAAUUCAGCAACAAAUACAAUGGGUUCUCUUAUGGCAGGAUGGGACUCUCUGAUCUUAGAUCCUGAAUCAGCUACAAUUGAGAGGAAUCGAUCACUCACCAAAGAAGAAAUUGAUGCUUACUGGCGAGCAAAGAAGGAGACAGAGUUAGAACACCUCAGAGCUAUUUCCAAACUAUCUGAGACUAUUCAGACCCGAAAAUGCGAGGAUUCAGAGAAUUCUCAUAAGUCAAGUACUGUGACUUUGGCCAGCAUAAAGGAGUCCUUAGGCAUGGACGUUGACCAGAAAAGUUUAGAGCAGCUUAUCAAGAAAAAUGGCUGGUGGACCAAGAGCAACUGGGCAUUUCUGAAUGAACCGCCGGUGAUAGAAGCUGCUUCCAACGAGUAUGCGUCACAGUUUCACGUGGCCAACUUGGGGUCAACGAAAUUUAACCCCGGAGAUGGAAUUAGUGCUUGAUAUAUGACUUUUUCUAUCUCACGUCGCCCUGUAUCUAUAUAUAUCUCCACGAGUAUUCAGUAUAGUUGCUAUCUAUAUGUGUAAUGGCUUCUAUUUUGUCACUUAUAAUUCUGCAAAAGAACUGUAUUUCUGGUUUGUUUGAAAAGGGAUGAAAAAAUUCCAACAGAUUUUUAAGAGAGAAUAUUGAACUAGUUUGACUUUGUCGUUAAGGAAAGCAUGCAGUACGUUUCGUUUGUCUGCUUUCUAAUCCUAAGAUGUAGAGCUAUUAUUUGCUACGUAGCAUUGAUUAA